AUGAACAUGCUAAAGUCCGGGAUUGGCACUUCACAGAUAUUUGGUCUUCCAGCUAGUCAAGCAGGCGGGUAUAAAUUUUUUGGCUAUGGUCCCAAAGAUAUGUACAAUGAAAUUGCUCGGCAAAGGCAUCAAGUUCCUAGUUAUGCAGCAUGGGUGUUGAAGAAGUUGGAGGAUAUGCGGUUGAAGGAUUUACAAUUAUAUUUCAAGGCAUGUCAUGAUUCAAGAGGUUUAUUAUGUAACUUAUUCUGGUCUGAUGCGAUUAGCCAACUACACUACCAACUCUUCGGGGAUGUUACUGCUUUUGAUGCUACGUACAAGAAGAACAAGUAUAGUUGUCCAUUAGUCAUAUUCAGCGGGGUUAACCACCACAACCAAACAAUUGUUUUUGCUGCUGCAUUAAUUAUGGACGAAACUGCUGAUACAUAUAUUUGGCUCUUGCGUCAGCUCAUGUUUGCAAUGAAGGGUAAGACCCCGACCUCAAUAAUAACUGAUGGGGCCAUGGCAAUUAGUAAUGCAGUAAGAGAUGUAUUUCCCAAAGUCAGACAUAGAUUAUGUGUUUGGCACCUUAUUCGAAAUGCGACUAGCAAUGUUGGAAAUCCAUCGUUUUCAUCUACAUUCAGAAAAAUCAUGUUGGGAGACUAUGAGAUUCCUGUGUUUAAGCGUAAGUGGGUUCAACUUAUUGAAUAA